AUGAAUUUCAACAAAAAUUCAAUUGUAUUAGGUACUUUAUUACUUAAAGGACCAUUGUCAAGACAAAACCUUUGGAGUUAUGUUUCAAGAUUCAAUUUUUACUCUGGUUUAACAAACUUAAAAAUGCACUUGGAUAGAAUGGUUAAAGAAAGAAGAAUCACCAGAAAAGUAUCACCAUUAUCAAAAACGAGAGGUCAAGAGAUUUUUGAAUUUGCAAUUAUUAAAGAAAAUGAAAGAAACAAUAUUCCAGAAGAUACUUUAGAUAAAAUAAAAACAGAAAUCAACGAAUUUGAUAAAUUAUUUGAAAAAAAAUAA